GAACAUGUCUGUUCAUAUGAGAAAAUUUUCAAAACUUAUUGACAAUUAUGGUAGAGUUCAUGAUUAUUUACGUAUAUCAUUAACAGAAAAAUGUAAUUUAAAUUGUUCAUAUUGUAUGCCAAAUAAAUAUCCUCAAAGAAAUAAAACAAACUUGUCAAAUAUGAUGAUGAUGACAUCAAAUGAGUUAUUAUUUCUUGCAGAUUAUUUUUGUUCUCGUGGUAUCCGCAAAAUUCGUUUAACCGGUGGUGAACCUCUAUUACGAUCAGAUAUACUUCAAAUUAUAAGUUUGAGAUAAUUUUUUUCAUAAUUCAGAAUGUACUUAUUCUCUUAAAAAAAAAAAAAGAAUCUUUGAACGACUUAAAAUCCAAACAUAAACAUUUCACUGAAAUAGGAAUGACUACAAAUGGAGUGAAAUUUAAAAAAUUUGCUGAAAAUUUUAAAAUGGCCGGAUUGGAUUCAGUGAAUAUCAGUUUAGAUAGUUUAAAAUCAGAACGAAUUUUAAAAUUGACCGGACAAUCUACUUUUAAAAAUUCAAUGGCAGCUAUAAUCAAAGCGAUUGAAGUUGGAUUUAAAAAUGUUAAGGUGAAUUGCGUAAUUAUGAAAAAUUUCAAUGAAGAUGAAUUAUGUGAUUUUGUUAAAUUGACACGAUAUCUACCUAUUGAAGUACGCUUCAUUGAAUAUAUGCCAUUUGCUGACAAUCAAUGGGAAAUAUCAAAAUUAUGCUCAUUUAAACAAAUGUUGAACAUUGUACAAAAUUCCUAUCCAAAUUUAAUCAGUUUAAAUGAAAAAUCAUUUGAUGUUGCAAAACUUUUUCAAGUAUCCGGAUGGUUAGGAAAGAUUGGGUUCAUUACUUCAAUGACUGAGAAUUUUUGUGCUGGUUGUUCACGUUUACGUCUUACAGCUGAUGGAAAUCUUAAAAUUUGUUUACAUGACAAUUAUGAAGUGAGUUUAGUGACAAUUCUACGCAACACAAUCAAUUCACAUGUAAUUGAGGAAUGGAUGAUGAAAAAGUCAAAUUGUAAUUUGAAACAAUCCAGUGAAUUGAAUGAAAUUUACAAUCAACUUGAUCAAAUUAUAGAUGAAGCUUUAACUAAAAAAUCUGCUAAUCACAAAGGCGCUAUUCAACUUGCAUCAAGUGUAAAUCGUUCAAUGGUUCGAAUUGGCGGGUGAACAAAAAUCUCCCGGAUCAUUUAAUUCAUACGAUGAAUUUUUAAUCAGUGUAGAAAAGAUUUUUUUGUAAAUAUAUAUUAAGUCAUAUAUUCAAUGAGUAA